UGAACAAAUUUAGGAGAUCUGCACUUAUCAGCGUGUAAACUUCCAAAACUAUUCGCUCAGCUUUGCCACAGUAACCGCCCCUUUCCUUUCCUUUCCUUUCCUUUCCUACAAAGUAGCCUCCUCGAAGUGUGUUCAUUUUGAUAACACAUAUCAUAUCUGACAGGCUGUAACAGAAUUGUUAUUUUAUAAGUCGGUUUCGGCCAGUUUGGAAGUAGGCUAUGCCUCUACAAGUUGUCGUGCAAGGUCCUGGACCUUGGGGAUUCCGUCUAGUUGGUGGGAAAGAUUUUGAACAACCCUUGACUAUCUCGCGGGUCACUAAUGGCAGUAGGGCUGCACAGGCCAAUCUGUGUAUCGGGGAUCAGAUCCUGGCCAUAGAUGGAGAGCCCACUGAGAACAUGUCUCACCUGCAGGCACAGAACAAGGUCAAGGGCUGCUUAGAGGAAAUAGUCCUUUCUAUUGACAGAUCUGAAUCUAAAAUGUGGUCACCGCUCUCUUCUGAGGAAGGAAAGACCAACUCUUACAAGAUGAAUCUUGCAUCUAAGCCGCAGGAGGUGAAACACAUAGGUUCCGCCCACAACAGGAGCGCCCUGCCAUUCGCUGGGUUCGGCCCCAAGGUGGUAACCAAUCAGUACAACAACCCUGCCGGUCUGUACUCCUCAGAGAAUAUCAAGGACUUCAACGCGACUGUGGAUGGCGUGAAAACCAUCGGCACUGCUGCUAAUGAGCCCAGCACCGUCUCAGAUCCGUCCGGUAUUCUACCACCAAUAGUGGCAGACUCUGAGGUCUACAAAAUGCUGAAGGAAAACCAAGAGGCUGAUGAGCCUCCUCGACAGUCAGCUUCAUUCAAAGUGCUGCAGGAUAUUCUGGAGUCAGAUCCUGAUAAGACCUCUGGUUUUAAGAGUGUGAAAGCGCCUGCCACAAAAAUUGUUUCAACAGUGAGACAUGCAGACAAGUUACCAAUCUGUGAAAAAUGUGGAUCAGGGAUUGUGGGGGUGGUAGUCAAGUUACAGGACAAGUUCCGUCACCCCGAGUGCUACGCCUGCUCAGAUUGCGACCUCAACCUGAAACAGAAGGGACAUUUUUUCGUGGAGGACCAGAUCUACUGUGAGAAACACGCACGUGAGCGAGUGACUCCACCCGAAGGCUAUGAUGUGGUCACUGUCUUUCCCAAGUAGAGCUGCUCAUUGAACACUGCCUCAAACUGCACAUGACCUAUUAGUGUCUCCAAGAUGCCAUGAAAACCAUCCCAAGACAUUCCAGCAUUUUAAAGAUGGCGCAUUUAAGCAUUAAGGCACGAGGGGGUGUGGUAUAUGGCCAAUAUACCAUGGCUAAGAGCUGGUCUUGGGCACGACGCAACACGGCCAUAUUGGACAUAUACCACAUACCUUCGUGCCUUAUUGCUAUUAUAAACGGGUUACCAAUGUAAUUAGAGCAGUAAAAAUACAUCUUUGUCAUAUCCGUGGUAUACGGUCUGAUAUACCACGGCUGUCAGCCAAUCAGCAUUCAUGGCUCAAACCACGUAGACUGUAAAAUGCUAUAUUGUAAAAUGCUGUUUUUUUAUUAUGCCUGGACACUUACUUCCAGCCAUGCAAUGUUAAUGACGUUUGCUAUUUGUCAAAUAAUAAUUUGCACAUGUUAUACAUUUAGUAACCAAAAAUAUGAAUUGGUGUGGCAUACGUUGUUUAGUAUGAAUUCAAGGAAUCCAAAACAUUUGCAAUUUAAUCAGUGGGUUAAUACAGUAGAUUUUCUCAAACAGGUUGUGACCAAGGAUAUUUCAAGGAACAUACAGUAGCUACAGACUGUUCUUGGAUUUGAUUCAUUCAUAGUGGUUUGAUCCAGGCUUCUGGUAGCUGUUCUUCUGGGUGGAUUUUCUGAAUCAUAAACAAAACUGUUAAUGUUUUGAGCGCCAUCUUUUCAUAGCGGAAAUGCUGCAUUGGUCUUCCAAAUUACUUUGCACCUAUCAAUGUAAUGUUAUUAUGACUGAAUAAAUAUUUUUUCUCAA